UAAUUAAAUUCAUUAUAUAUUUAUUCAGUAUAGUUUUGAACCAACAUUGAGUAACUUCCUCUUUCUUUUAUUUAUAGGUAUAUCAUCUGUGAAAGUUGAUAGGCUCUGCAUCAUUCCAUUACAAAAAUGUGGCAGUCGCUUUGGGAAUCGUCGAAAAAUAAUCCAUUUGGUUCACCAAUUAGUACAGCGCUGUGUGAAGGACAACCACCAAACGACAUAUCGUUACCUCAAAUUAGAACUUUUGCUGCAGCUAGUGCUGUUUCAUCAGAAGAUAGCUGUGAAUUUGGAUCGACUAAAUACUUUCUCCUGUGUGGGCUGGGAGGUAUUUUGUCAUGUGGUAUUACCCACACGCUAGUCGUACCACUGGACCUUGUCAAGUGUCGCAUUCAGGUGGAUCCUCUAAAAUACAAGUCCGUUUUUAAUGGUUUCCGGGUUACCCUUCAAGAAGAUGGUGUUAAAGGUUUGGCAAAAGGUUGGGCGCCGACAUUCAUUGGCUAUUCUAUGCAGGGAAUGUGCAAAUUUGGCCUCUAUGAAGUAUUUAAGUGUUUUUAUUCCGAUAUGUUGGGUGAAGAGAAAAGUUAUCUUUGGCGAACAUCACUUUAUCUAGCAGCAUCUGCAUCAGCUGAGUUUUUUGCUGAUAUUGCUCUAAGUCCAAUGGAAGCUGCCAAAGUACAAAUUCAAACCAAACCUGGUUUUGUAAGCAAGCUUAGGGAGGCGUUACCCAUAAUUUACAAAGAUGAAGGCCUAAAUGGAUUCUACAAAAGUUUAGUUCCUUUGUGGAUGAGGCAGAUUCCAUACACCAUGAUGAAAUUUGCAUGUUUUGAGAGAACAAUAGAGCUUCUAUACAAGUAUGUUGUUCCAAAACCUCGUGCAGAGUGUACUAAAGGAGAACAGUUGGUUGUAACAUUUGCAGCUGGAUACAUUGCUGGUGUUUUUUGUGCUAUUGUCUCUCACCCAGCUGACACAGUUGUUUCCAAGCUAAAUCAAGAGAAAGGCACCAGUGCCAUUGAAGCUGCUAAAAAAUUGGGUUUUGCAGGUUUGUGGAAGGGUCUUGGUCCCAGAAUUGUAAUGAUUGGAACACUAACAGCUGCACAGUGGUUUAUUUAUGAUGCUGUCAAAGUAUGGCUGCAUCUUCCCAGACCACCACCACCAGAGAUGCCCGAAUCAUUGAAGAAGAAGCUAGGUUUGAAAAGCGAGUAAAAUGUGCGUUUUAUUUGCAGAUUGGCAGCAAACAAGCUGAUCCAUACAAAGAUUUGUUACUAGUAAUUUCAUAGCAGCAUUUUAUUAUCUAUAUGUAGGCAGGUAUACUAUGUUUUUUUUUUGUUAUUAAAACAAUAAAGUAAUUCUGAAUCAUGUUAUAAUUCAGACUUAACUGUAUAUUUUUCAUGUUUUAAACUAUUUAAAUAAUGGGAACUUAGUAUGUUUGUUCAUAAUUUGUAAAUUUGUAUAUUACUAGCAGCUAAUGCCAUCGUAAGGGAUAUUUAUUUUGUCAUUAAAUUUUUAUUCUCAAUUCUUUUUACUGAAGCCAAUAUUACCCAGCUUUUUCCUAAAAUGUUUUCCUGAUAUGUACAUUGAAGUAAAUUAAACAGUAUAUAUAGGUUGUUUAUUAUAAAUUAAAAUGCUGUUACAACUAUAAAAUGAUAACUGCUUGAAACUUGAGUAGUGAACUUCAAAAAGUAUGUAAGUGAUUUGAGAUUAAUACUUAUGUAAAUAUUUUUUAAGAGCAAUAAAUAACAAGGGGUUUAAAA